ACGAGACGAGUGAGUAGAGUGGAGCAGAGGGGUCGUGGGUUGUUUUUGGGGGGCAAGGAUUGACACCUCCCAUGACAAAGGACAAGUUUUCGAACGCGCGUAAAACAUUGUCCUAUCCUGGUCUCGUCUCGCUCCGCUUGUUUUCAUGUGUUUUAUGUGGCUGCGCUCCACAGUGAGGUAGACUUCAUAACGUUUGUUUUUUGUUUUUUUUCUCACUGGGAGCGUGCGUUCUGAUUUACCCCGUGGAUGCUGCUGCUUUGGGGCUUGAUUUGUGAGCCCUGCGGGACCAACCUGACAUAAGGGGCACCAUGGCUUCGUUGUCUCUCCGCACUUGUUUGAGGAAUAUGUGCCCGGAGAUGCUGCUCGUUUUUCCGGUGUUGUGGUGGCUUUUACCCCUGACCGGAGCGGCUCCCUCUCAGAGCACGGAGCAGCUGGACACGGGGGUGGACUGGCUGAGUAAGUUUGGUUACCUCCCGCCCCCUGACCCUGUAACUGGACAGCUCCAGACCAAGGAGGCGCUCACCAAGGCCAUCAAAGCCAUGCAGAAGUUCGGCGGACUCAAAGAGACCGGAGUGUUAGACCAAGCCACCCUGGGACUAAUGAAAACCCCCAGAUGUUCGCUGCCAGAUGUGUCCGAAGCAGAGGGGACCGCGGGUCGCAGGAGACGAAGCACGCUCCCUCCCAACAAAUGGAACAAGAGGCAUCUGUCCUGGAGGGUACGUACGUUUCCUAAGGACUCGGCUGGGCUGCUGGGCAGAGACACAGUGCGAGCUCUCAUGUACUAUGCCUUAAAGGUGUGGAGUGACAUCGCCCCUCUCAACUUCCAUGAGGUGGCGGGCAGCGACGCAGACAUCCAGAUCGACUUCACUAAAGCUGACCACAACGACGGCUACCCCUUCGAUGGGCCCGGAGGCACGGUGGCCCACGCCUUCUUCCCUGGAGAGAGGUUUACGGCCGGGGACACGCACUUUGACGAUGACGAGGCCUGGACCUUCAGAUCACCAGACUCUCAUGGGAUGGACCUGUUUGCUGUGGCGGUGCAUGAGUUUGGCCAUGCCAUCGGUCUGGUGCACACGUCGGCCAUAGAGUCCAUCAUGAGGCCGUACUACCAAGGUCCUGUGGGAGACCCUCUGAAGUACGACCUGCCCUAUGAAGACAAAGUACGCGUGUGGCAGCUCUAUGGGGUCAGAGAGUCAGUGUCACACACAAAUCAACCUGGUAACCCUGCUCAAACGGCCGAGCCCCCUGUUCUCCUGGACCUGCCGGAAAACAGGUCAACUUUCCUGCUGGCUCGAGAUGCCCCAGACAGAUGCACCAGUCACUUUGAUGCAGUGGCCCAGAUACGGGGAGAGGCCUUCUUUUUCAAAGGGAAAUAUUUCUGGAGGCUAACCCGAGAGAAGCACCUGGUGUCUUUGAGGCCAGCGCAGAUCCAACGCUUCUGGAGAGGUCUCCCCAACAAUCUGGACAGUGUGGACGCAGUGUACGAGAGGCCUGUGGACCACAAGAUAGUGUUUUUCAAAGGUCUGAAGUACUGGGUGUUCAAAGACAACAUCGUGGAGGAGGGAUACCCUCGUCCGAUCAGUGACUUUGGCUUACCUACAGACGGUGUGGACGCUGCUUUUGUUUGGCUCCACAACGAUAAAACGUACUUCUUUAAGGACAACUUGUACUGGCGCUAUGACGACCACCUGAGGAGGAUGGACCUGGGCUACCCCAAAGACAGCUCCCUGUGGAAGGGGCUGCCCCCCAGCCUGGACGACGCCAUGAGGUGGUCUGAUGGGUCGUCGUACUUUUUCAAGGGGAAGGAGUAUUGGCGCGUGCCCAGCAGUGACAUGGAGGCGGAGGCAGGCUUUCCGCGGCUCAUCGCUAAAGACUGGCUGCUGUGCACUGAGAUGCAGGCCGACUCUCCACAGCCAGAGCCUAAAAGCCCCGAGAGCAGAGGGAACGUGCACGGCCAUCCUGACCACGCCCAGAACGGCUACGAGGUCUGCUCCUGUACCUCAGACAGUGGCUCCCCUCUGGGUCUGCGCACACCGCCCUCCCCCCUCUGGCUGCUGGCCCCACUGUGGACGCUCUGUCGGGCUCUCUCCUCUCACCUGCUAUGAUGCCAAAGCACUGGACUACUUUAGGACUCAAGACAGACCAGUGGACGCUCAGCUCAAGCAAAAAUUGGGAGAAUUUCACUUUUUUAUACAACCAUAAAAGCUGGGAUACUUUGUGAAUUGCAAAUCAAAACAGGAUCUGAUCUUUUGUAGUUUUCAAAGAUGGAUAUAGGAUGUACAUCACAAUUAAGACAUUCCUUUUUUUGUUUAUUUCUGAAAAACAAAAUAAUCUGACAGCAGCACAUCCCAACUACACAGGUAACAGGUAAAUUCUACACUCACUUACAAUAUUUUUUGCUAAUUUAAAGCUACAGUAUGUUUUUUUUUUUUUGGUUUGUUUGUUUUUUGGCCAAAAUCAAAAGCAUCCUUACUGUGAGCGGGCUUGCAUCUCUAGAAACUUGACUCUUGGCCAGAAGGAGUGCCUCUUCGUGCUUUUGACUAUAAUCCAGAGUUUGGCAUACAGCUCAUCUAUCUCCAUGGAGAAUGCUCUAAAGUAUAGUUUAAACAUUUAUUUUUUCAUGGAAUCAUGCAUGCAAUGUCCCCACCUUUUCCCCAAAGCGUUCCUCUUUUGCUUUUCAUUACCAUGUUCAAAUUUGUAAUUGUCAGUUAGAAAAGGGAAAAUAGCUCUUCUAUAAUUAUCAACUACUGCCUUCUGUUUGAUUUACCUUUUCACAGUGUCCCAGUUUCUUUGGUACUGCAGUGUUUAUAGUAUAUUAUUUUGAUUAUAUAUUUAUUUUACCAGUAUGUAAGGUCAAGUACUCUAGUGAGAUGGUUUUGACCUACAGACAGAUGAAGAACAUAUCUUAGAUUUUCAGUGCAGCUCCAUCUCUGGGCCAAUGCCUCAUGCGCACUACAUUAAAAAGGAAUGGCUUCAAAGUCGCUCUUUGCAAUGAAGGUCAUUUGGGUUCUCUCACAGAUUUUGGCUCCACGUCAACCCAGUACGUUAAGCAGAAGUUUGUCCAGGCUGCGCAGAAUGCUAAAUGAUCCUAUAGCCCCAUAGGGACAUUGUUCCAUUAAAAAGUCAUAGCAGUAAAAAAUAGGCAGUGUUAAAGCAGUUUGUCCCUUCAGAGGUACCAGCUGGAAUAUCAAUAAUUUUUAUGAGAUGUCAACAAAUAUUUAAUUGGCAAUACUAUGAAUAUAUUGUUAUAAAUAAAGUAAGACAACAGGACAUUUUUAAGCUAAUUAGUGUUGUCACGAUACUAAAAUUUCUUUGAUAUUUACUUUGAUACUAAGGAAUAGACUCGAUACUCAAUACCGAUUCUGAUACUACGAUGAUAAUAAAAAAGACAGUAGACAGUAGAAUGUUAUUUUCAAUGUUAAAUAACUGUACUUUCUUUUAUAUUACCAUGCGAUUUUAUAUCUGUGUAAUCCCUCAGUCGUCCAGGUAGGUUUAUAGUGCUCCAUGGGUGUAUACUACUCUAUGUGUCUUAUACUUGUGAAAGAUACAACUCAAGAUCAUUCUGAAGCUAUUCAGGAAACAUUCAUUUCUGUCCUGUGAAUGUGACUUUUUUAGUAUCAAUACCUGCUCAAAGGAGUAUCUAGUUUUGGUAUCUGAUUCUCUAUACUUUUGACAACCUAAAGCUAAUACAUUAUUAGGCCAGAUUAUAUACUUCAUAAUUACUAUUUAUUUAUAUUGAAGAAUGUGUUCAUUCAUAUUCAAAUGAAAAAACGUUCCUUUUGGCUGGCUCACUGAAGUGACACAUGAAUAAACGACUAAGUGACAUAUCUGCAGAACUGAAACGCUAGAUGCUAAUUAUUUUGUCAUUUGAUAUUUUAAAACUGAGAACAACACAAUUUUAUGCUCACACUGACAGGUUCUCAAUUGGCUUUUAACCAUGUUGUUAUCUUGUUUGCCCAUCAAAACUAUUACUGCAGUUGUGUUUUAUUUCAUUCACACAUUUGGAUGAUUCAAUACUCCUUCAUUAAGUGGAUUCAUACUUAUCAUUUGAUUGCUAAAAUUGCCUUCAUUACACAGCUAACCUACUUCAAGUUCAAGUGGCGUCCUUGUGUGCUUUGUUACUAUUUUGUACAAACACAAAAUCAGGGCACAGAUCAUUUUAAGUUGUUUUUCCAUAAUAUUGAACUGGCAACACUUUAGUUUAUGGUAGACAUAUUAGUUUCUGGCUAAGUGGUAAUUGGUAUGCUACUUAAAGAGUCUAUAUUACACUAUUUUCAGGUAAAAACAUACCUGGAUUGUGUUUUGUUUCAUUCACACAUGUUUAACACACAAACCCUUCAUAUGUAGACUGAAUUCUUCUGUCACAGGAAGUGCUCCACUGUGCUUUUGAACUCUAUACAUCUUCACUAGAAUCAUUUGGAUAAUUUCAGCUCUGGAAUUGCUCAUUUCUACUGAACAAAAGGUAAAAGUUUGUUGUUAACUUGUAAACAUGACAUCACAAGGUGGAACGGAGCAUUUUGAGCGUUGGAGACAUACACAGACUAAUAAUGAAGGAUUACUGAAACGUGUGUGAAUGAAACAAAACACAACUCUGGAUAUGUUUUUGAUGAGGUAACAGCAUUGUAACGUGGCUUACAGCUCACAAAAGUCCAUGUUAUGUAAUACAAGACCUUUAAUGAAUAUUCAGUUAUUCAUUAUUUUCUAUAAAACACACACAUUAAUCCUUAUUAAGAUUAUAGUGAAAGUACAACUGCAUCUAUUUUUAAUAAUGUGAAUCAGUGGAACAAAAAUAGUCCAUAGCUGAAGACAUAAAACUAUAAGUGCUUUAUAAAUACUAACAGAGAUGUAACUAAGCACUUGUUAGUUAGUUUAAUAUGUGAUCUAUAAACUAAAAUGUUGCCAUAUAUAUAUAGGAUGAAAUACUGAGGGUAAGUAAUCAUUAUUAUGCAUACAGCUAGUGUUGUCACGGUACUACAACUUCAAACUGGAUUUCGAUAAUAAAGAAUAGAAGUGAUAUUUGAUACAGAUUUUGAUACUCGAAUGAUCAUUUUAAAAGCUCUUUUUUGGACAAUAUUUUAAUUAUACCAUGUGGUCUUACAAUAGUUCUGAUAAAACUCAAGGUGUGACUUUUGUUCGGUAUCAGUACCUGUUUAAAUGAGUAUCCAGUUCCGAUACUUGAUUUAGUAUCAAUUAGUAUCUGAUUUUCAAUACUUCUGACAAUAUCAUUAGUCACAGCUAGGGGGCACUGUGAAUCUUAUCUAACUAAUAUAUUACAGUUUUAGUAACGAUUCCUCUGGUACGAGGUGAUGUAUUUUUUACCUCUAGAAACGUGUGAAAUUUGACUCUAUUCUGAAGAGACAAACUGCUUACAAUUGUCAAACUUUAUUUUUGUCAUUCCACACACACUCCCCAUUGCUUAUUUGUAUAUUCUGUAUCAAACUGAGAAUAAUGGGGUUUAGUUACUUUAGUUUGUCGAAGAGACCUUUGCGUGCUCUGUGACUGUGGGAGAUUUCUUAUUAUUACUUUUAGAUACCUGGGUUUGUUGUUUUAUUGUAAAGCUCUAUUUACUUACAAUCUGACUCUAGAUGAAUAUAUUUGAGUUAAGGAUUACAGCUGUUAUUGCAAAAAUCCUGUGGGCUGUGUAUAUUUUAUGGCUGUGUUUUCUAAUGUAAAAUAUUUUUGUACGAAAAAUAAAAAUCCGAAUGAAUCUAAAGC